UGCAGGGAUGCUGAGAGGCCGGUGUGUGGAAUGCGCGGGUUUUCACAGCGACAGAGCAGCUUGAUACAGAGCAUCUCAGAGAGAGCGUGAACGCGCACGAGAGAGAGAGAGAGAGAGAGAGAGAGAGAGAGAGAGAGCGCACAUAUCUCCCAAUGCAAAUCACUGUAGCAAUUGUUGUCGCGGGGCACCGGAGCCGGUGAUCACCAUGGCCGCCUUCCGCAGCAGGAAUCAGGUGCUGAAGAUGCUUACAGAGUAAAUCUGGGACUUCGCUACUGUAGUCAGCACGUGGAAUCAGCCGGGAAAACCGGGAUAUCUCGCGUCAAAUACGGUUAAACGAAAAGAGUGUUGGCUAGGCAAAUAGAGCGGGAAAAAAAACAGGUCGUAGAAGUGAGUUCGUAUUCCCUUCUCUUUAUUUCCUCCCUUUAUGAUGUGAUGGGAGAAACAGGCUGUCGUUUCCAAACAAUAAAUUCAACGCACGAAUCAAACUAGACUUCGUUUAUGUGGAGGUUUCGGUUGAUGGAGCGGCGUACGCACGCAAUUCUCCACUUUUGAAAUGGUUUCUUAUGAAUGUCUCUGAUGUCGGGGUGUUGUCGGAAGAAGACGUGAAGCAUUUUUUGCUAUUUUCUGCUCGGACAACGGGAAAUUCUUGUGGUUUAUUCAGAGACGCUGAAUAUGAGAGAAUGCAGAUCGGGCUGAUGGAAUUGCGGUGACAACAACUGAGAAAACGAGGAAAUACACGUAGAUCUCAAUAUACACAAACCGCCGAUUUCUGCCUGCAGCUCAUUCCCAGACAGAAUCAGCGAUCAUCUGCGUGACCUCUGUGAUUGACCCCAUGAGGACAGCCCAGGGAGAUGGAACGUAAUAGACUUUUCACCUUUACUCUCUGCUGCAUUUACACGACAACUCACCAGGGCUGAGCACGACAUCAGCCACUCAUUCACCCCAACCCUUCCACAGUCCUCCCAUUCCUUUCCUUCCUUUUCUUGUUCCCUCUCUCUAAAUCCCUGAAAUACAUUCAAACAAACCAACAGGUUAACUUGUUCUUCUUUUUUGUUAUUGUUUAACUUUCCUUUGCCCUUCCCCUGUGACAAAGCAGAGGAAGUUAAUAAAUCAGUGGAGUGAAGAGAGAAGGAAAGAACAAGUCAGUCAUGUAUAUCCCCUAUACCUGUAAACGUGACUUGGGCCAUGCCCGCUAUUCAGAGGCCACCCGCACAAUCUCCUUCCUCUGGCUGGUACUCUGGAUCACACUGGCAGUAUGCCAACGUAUUGAUCCUGGCACCAAGUAUCCUACUGUCACCACAAACUAUGGCAAGUUGCGUGGGAUAAAAAAAGAGCUCAACAACGAGAUCUUGGGUCCUGUGGAACAGUAUCUGGGUGUCCCAUACGCCACAGCACCAAUUGGAGACCGCCGCUUCCAGCCACCUGAAGCUCCUGGGUCCUGGCAGGAAGUGCGGAACGCCACACAGUUUGCCCCUGUUUGCCCGCAGAACGUACAUGGUGUUUUGCCUGAGAUCAUGUUGCCUGUCUGGUUUACCGACAGUCUGGAUGUGGCGGCUACUUACAUUCAGAAUCAGAGUGAAGACUGCCUCUACCUCAACGUCUAUGUGCCCACAGAGGACGGUCCACUCACAAAAAAACUUGAUGAAUCAACACUGAACCGGCCACGAGAUGAAGACAUUCGUGACCGUAGAAAGAAACCUGUCAUGCUGUUCAUUCAUGGUGGCUCAUAUAUGGAAGGAACCGGAAACAUGUUUGAUGCCAGCGUGCUCGCAGCGUACGGCAACGUCAUUGUGGUCACCAUGAACUACAGACUGGGAGUCCUGGGUUUCCUUAGCACAGGAGAUCAGUCUGCUAAAGGAAACUAUGGCCUGUUGGAUCAAAUCCAGGCACUGCGCUGGCUGACUGAGAACAUUGGACACUUCGGUGGCGACCCUGAGCGGAUCACUAUCUUUGGCUCUGGGGCAGGAGCAUCCUGUGUCAACCUACUCAUCCUGUCUCACCACUCUGAGGGGCUGUUUCAGAGAGCCAUUGCUCAGAGUGGUUCAGCCAUAUCUAGUUGGUCCAUUAAUUAUCAACCCUUAAAGUACACUAAGAUUCUGGCCAGAAAAGUGGGAUGCACAUACGGGGAGACCGCGGACCUGGUAGACUGUCUCCGCAGGAAAAACUUCAGAGAGCUGGUGGAUCAGGAUAUCCAGCCGGCCCGCUACCACAUUGCAUUUGGACCUGUGGUGGACGGAGAUGUUGUGCCAGAUGACCCCGAGAUCCUCAUGCAGCAGGGGGAGUUCUUGAACUAUGACCUUCUUAUCGGUGUAAAUCAAGGUGAGGGGCUGAAGUUUGUGGAUGAUGGAGGCACUGAGAGUGAAGAGGGGAUUUCAGCUGCAGCAUUUGACUAUACCAUCUCUAAUUUUGUGGACAACCUUUAUGGAUACCCUGAAGGUAAAGACAUCCUGAGGGAGACGAUUAAGUUCAUGUACACAGAUUGGGCAGACCGAGACAAUGGCGAAAUGCGGCGGAAGACUCUCCUCGCAUUAUUCACUGAUCAUCAGUGGGUGGCUCCAGCAGUCGCUACUGCCAAGCUCCAUGCGGAGUACCAGUCUCCAGUCUACUUCUAUACAUUCUAUCACCACUGCCAAACAGAGACACGACCUGAAUGGGCAGAUGCGGCACAUGGGGACGAGAUUCCAUAUGUGUUUGGCGUGCCCAUGAUCGGAGCAACUGACCUCUUCCCUUGCAACUUUUCCAAGAAUGAUGUCAUGCUUAGUGCUGUGGUCAUGACCUACUGGACCAACUUUGCCAAAACCGGGGAUCCUAACUUGCCAGUUCCUCAGGACACCAAGUUUAUCCACACCAAGCCCAACCGCUUUGAAGAAGUGAUCUGGACCAAGUUCAACUCUAAAGACAAACAGUAUCUGCAUAUCGGCCUUAAGCCUCGCAUCCGUGAUAACUACAGAGCAAACAAGGUUGCCUUCUGGCUGGAAUUGGUUCCUCACCUCCACAACCUCCACGAGAUUCUGAGCUCCACCACAACCCGGCUGCCUCCGGGGACCACACGUACCCCACACUGGAAGGGCCCAGGACCCCGUACAACACGUCACCCUUUCCCUACCUUCCCUUCAGAAACCGAGCCAGAUGGCUCAGAGCCUCCAAGAUUUUCACCCUUCCCAAGCACCACCCGGGAUUACUCCACUGAACUAAGCGUGACAGUAGCAGUUGGUGCAUCACUCCUUUUCCUAAACAUCUUGGCCUUCGCUGCACUUUACUACAAACGUGAUAAACGGCAUGAGAUGCGACGCCACCGGUUGUCCCCGCAACGAGGCGUAACUGCUAAUGACUUAGCACACAGCCAGGAGGAGGAGAUCAUGUCCCUGCAAAUGAAGCAUUCAGAGCACGACGCACACCAUGACAUGGAGCCGUUGCGACCACAUGAUAUUUUACGACCCUCAUGCCCACCUGACUACACGUUGGCACUUAGGCGGGCACCUGACGAUGUGCCGCUCAUGACCCCCAAUACAAUCACCAUGAUUCCUAGUACCAUCACCGGCAUGCAACCAUUGCAUGCCUUCAACACAUUCCCCACAACCACCGGGCACAACAACACGCUCCCUCACCCGCACUCCACCACCCGUGUAUAGUACCACCCCCAGGAUGAGAGGACUAGCUCUCAUACAUAUCCAGUUUUCUCUCUGUGUCCACCUUCUGAGCUCCUUAAUUUAAAAUACUCAAAUUACAGACACAGGACAUCUUGUUGGCAUUCUCAGACAAAAAUCUGAGAAUUGCUAAAUGUUAGUACACACUAUAGGAGCUCUGUUUACAAACCUUACAGUGAGAAAAACUUUGGCUGGUGGUGACAAGUCAUCGGCCUCUUACAGGAUUUUUGUCCACAGUGUCCUUGAAUAGAUGGGGCAAUGACUGGUUGAUAAUUGACUAAGAUGAUCUGAUGUCAUGAGAAGAAAUUAUAACACUUUUCCACUUUUCUUCUCUCGCUAAAGAGUGCAGACAUCAUCUCUCUAUCUACUUUCUCUCAUCGUUUUCUUUGUUAUUUCAUUACAGUGCUGUCACUACCAAAUCAUUUCUCUAUCCUGUGAGCACUGAGUCUGAAUGUGCCCUGUUACCUUGGAUUGUGUUUUACAUGGAUUGUAUGAAGACAAAACCUGGAUAUGUUGUUUUUACCUGAAGUCUUUUGUCAAGUAGUAAAUCAUACCUUGUAACAAGAGACAGAGAAUGAGCGAAAAUGACAAUGUCUGGCAGAAGACAAAAGUGCCAACCUGCUCUUUCUCGCUCUGCUCUUUUUAUGUUGUUUUAUCACACAGAUUUGAUUUGGCUAUGUGUUGUUUCUUAGGAAGAUUUUUGUAUGUAUAGAUAUAUAGACAAAUAUAUUAAAGAAUGAUAAAAUACAUAUAUAUAUUUACAUGGUUUGCCCGGUGGGAUCAAUGCAUGAAAUAUUUUUAAAGCAACAAGAAGGACACUGAGAAGGUAACCCCCACUGAACUUAUUGCUCAUUUGCUUAUUUAUUUUCCUUUGGUUUGCGUGCGUAAAAUGGCUACAAAGAUCACAUCCCAUUGUUGUUUCCUCAGGCUGACCACUCUGUAGUGCAGUUUGUUAGUCUGUCUUCCCCGACAAGGCAAGCAUGGCAAUAUUUUUUCAAAGGCUUUUUAACAUUCAUAUGUAGGUGUUUUUAUUCAACCACUGACCAUGUUAAUGAUGUACUGUACAUACAGCAUAGUGUACUAGUGAAGUACCAGAGCUAUCUGUGAUGGUCAGAUGCCACAAAUAGCAAAUGAACAUGUAGCUUUUCUUACAUCUCUUUCAACAGGCCUGUGAAUUAUUCAAUACAUAUUCAGCUUUUAUUCAGCUAAUUUUUUAAGAGCAAAUACAAAUUAUUUUUCUUACAUCUCUCGCUCUCUCUCGCUCUCUGUCCUUGCUCAUUGUUUUACACCAUUGUUUGAUAUUCGGAGGCCCAGUAUAAUAAGAGGUGUUUUGUGUAUUUUUGUGUGUACACACAUGGCGAGUGUCUUUUCUAGACAGUGUGUCUCUAGCCAUCUGUUAACUUGAGUGUGUGAAUUAAGCUGUAUGUCAACAGUCUUUUGCAAUGGUAACAGGACAUGAGUGUAUGUGACAUAGAGAGAGAGAGAGAGAGAGAGCUAUAGAAACAAGAGAAAAAUGUGUUGAGCAGCUCUGGGUAAAAACGUUGUUGUUAUUUCUCUCUUUCUCUGGCCUUCUCUCAUUCCUACAGGAAAAAACAAUCAAGCUUUAGGACAUUGUACAUGUAACAUUGUUUGUAUGGUGUUCUGAAACUCCAUGGUAGGAGGCUGGAAGCCUAUCGGUCAGUUUUUAUGUGUUUACCCACAUUUGAACAUAUCACACAUCUGUCUGCACGGAAAACCUGACUUUAUGAGUUACGACAAGCACAGCAAAGAGAGGGGUAUUGUAAGUCUCACUUUUCUGUCACUGCUACGUGUAAUGGGACAAUAAGGGCAUGUCAGGAAUUGUGUGUGUCUCACUGUCGGUUUAGCUUUAAGUGUACCAAGUCUCAGAUAUCCGGGAUAUUUUUUUGUCAUACACAGGACCAUCACGAUGGAGAAAGAACGAAUGCCAUUAUGCUGCACAAUAUAAUAUAACUUAAAGAAACUCUAUUUGCAUUGCUGAACGAGCAUACUGGAGUUUCAGUAUGCCAUAGUGAACUUCAUCUGCAGUAAUGGACUAAAAACCCAGUGGAGCAACACUAAACAAGAGGGAAGACUGUACAAACAACAGCUACUACAAGAAAUUCAUUUUGAGGUCUGAGAGUAUAGUUUGGACCUGUGGAUACAUACCAUCUGUGGACUUUAUGUGGUUGUAGGUAUAACUGAACUCCAUUUUAAACAAACUGAGGAGUUUGCAAACAAAAAACAGCCUCAGUUCUAAUAAUCAAUACCAAUUUAAUGAGGGAUGAAUUUAGGAUGCUUUGUUAUUUUUCUUGUUUGUUUUUGUACAUUCAGCCACUAGAGUGUUAUGUUGUGGUACAUACAGAAUAAAGACUCUACAUCCAUAAUGAGCCAUUCAUUGGGUCUUCAGUGGGCGUACAGUGAGAGAAGGAUCCAUUAAAGUCAAUUGUACAUUUUUAAGUGUAAAAACAAACCAACUGAAAAUAUUUGUAAAUAUUCAGUUACUUGGUUGUUUGAUGGUUUGUUUAGUUUUUUCCUUUGCUUUUUUUCUGGUAGAAUGAAAUAUGAAAUAAUUUGUGACCAGGACAACAGGUGCAAGUUGUAAUUCAGCCACCAGCAAAAUUGACAAAUCUCAUUCAUAAGAGAUUCAAUUCUCUUUCUGCUGCUUCAUUUAGUUUUGGAAUCUGUGGGUGAAGAUGAUUUAUUGCUCUUGAAUAUGAGCAUAAGAAGACCAUGUUGCAUAUCAAUGUCACUUGAAUCAUCACAGCUAAUCAAAUAUCUGCACAAGUAUGAUUAGCAAUUUCUGAUACUAACCUGCCAUUUCACAUAUAAUGUGCAAGUUCCAAAAUAAUCAUUGAUAUGGAGAUGGACAAUAACCUCUAAAUUUUAUUAAGGCAAAGGAAACAUUGAAAAAUAUAGUAGUUAUGAGAAGUAUCUCUGCUGAUAUAAACUCAUUGUAGCAUUAAAUUCUUAUCAAAAUGUACUAUGAUUUCAUGAAAUAUCUAAUAUUGGGGGAAAUAUUACUUUAUGGGAACAUUUUACACUUAACUAGAACAAUUCAUCAAUUGUGAUUGAAAUCAGGAAAUAUUGGCAUAAUGAAGAUGGAAUUGAGAGUGAAUGAGGAUCUCAGUCAGUAUGCCUGGAGGUUUAAAGAUACCUGAAUAAGUGAAGCACAUGUUAAUCCUCUAAGAAAUUUUGUUUUAUUGUGCCCUAAAGCAAAUUUACACCUGUUGCCCUGUUAAACUAUAUUAAGUAUGUUCAGAAUCAAAAAGACACACUUGAGAUGAGGAAUAAAUGUUAAUAAAUGAUCUUUGAAAAGAACUAAAGCUAAAAUAUAUUAAUAAGGUGAUAUUUCUCUUCAUUUAGAAGUUAUCACACACUGUAUGCUGUGACUCUGAUCUGGGGAACAUUAAAGAAAUUCAU